AUGGCGUGUACAGGUCUGGUACAGUUCGAAGUCAUCGCUUCCCAAAAAGUGAAAAAUUUUGGAAGUGAACAAUCACUUUCGACGAAUCGUGAAAGUGGUGAUUUUUCGGUUUCGAGAUCUCGAGAGGUGUCGUACACGAAAGACUCAAAGGUUGUUUGGAACGGUGUGAGAGGGUCCCCAGUACGUUUCUGCUGUAGCUGCCGUGAAAGGGAACACAAGCAGGAUCGCGUUUCCUCUUCUUCUUUUUUUUGCUCUUCAACUAUGACUCCCGAGGCUAAGAGGAAGAAGAACCAGAAGAAAAAACAGAAGCAGAAGCAGAAGCAGAAGGAACAGCAAGCGGCUGCGCUGGCAUCUGCAUCUGCAUCUGCAUCUGGGUCUGCCUCUGGGUCUGUCAGUGGGUCUGCAGGUGGGUCUAUUCCCGUUGAGGAUUCACUAGGGGAAAACACUACUGAUUUGGUCGACGACAGCGUAGAGGAAUCACUAGCGGGCGAAUCGCUGUCUCAGGAUGGCAACUCUGGAGAUGUAGUGAUUGAGGAACACACUGCUGCUGCUGUUUCUGCCAUUGGUGAACCGGGGCAAACCGGAGGCCAACUGGAGCACCCAGAUACUGUUUCCUCAGAGACUCAACAGGUUGGUGCCGGGUUUUCGACGGUACAAGACGCAGAGUCAUCGUUUCCGGUUACACAAAGCAUUGCCGAAACAGAUUCCGUAAUUGAUGAGAGAGAAUUGACGCCAGUUCAAGCACCUGUUGAAAUAACGCAAGAAGAACAAUCCGCACGGGUAUCGCCACAAGAAACGAGCCUGGAAUUCCAGAGUAAUAGGGAAAAUCAGCAAGACACAACUGAUGUGCAUGCAUCGAAUAUUAUUAAGUCAGAAGGGAUGCCCUGUGAGGUGGAGACUACACAAGACACUCAAGAAGAUGUCGUGCCCGAACAAAGAGAGAGUACAGACACUGAGGUACAGAAACAAGCAACAAAAGCUCUCGAUACUAAACUACAAGAGGAGAAUAUAGAGGUAAACUUUUUGAGUGCUGUAGAUGAUCAUGUAACUGAGAUUCAGGACCCGGUUCCAGAGAAUGCUGGACAUGAACAAUGUACCCCGUUGAGCGGGCCUGAACAUGAACUUGAUCCCCAACAGACCACGGACAAUCUGUUUGGCGAAUCAGAUCAAGCACCAUCCGCUCAAACUGAUACGGACGAUCUGUUUGCGGGAACUACGGCCAAUGACGAAAAAAUGCCUUGGGAUAAUGAUGAACUCACAGGUACAGCAGAAACGGUAGGGGAAAACGAUGAGGCCAACAAUACUGUGAUAGAAACACCCUUGGAAAGUAGGCACGACGAAACGGAACCUGACAUCCCAUCAGUAAUUGCUGAGUCGGAAGAAAAUGGGCACCCACAGGAAGAAUAUACCGAUGAUGCCAUUGUAACAGUUACGACUGAUCAGCAAGAUAUCCCGCCAUUGGCGACUCAACCACAAGUACAGCCGCCUUCGAGUAUGGAACACCGAACAGUUGACGAAAUAAUGCCUUGGGAAAAUGAGACUCGCACUGAAAGUGCCGAGGAUACACAUGAAACUACGGACGCACCGGCUAUAAUGUUAAACGACGCCUCAGACCUGUUUGGAGACAAGGUAACUACUGAUGAGGUUCUUCCUUGGGAUAUGGAACCAGCAAAAAAUGAGCUUUCAACGUGGAGUAAAAAAUCAGAUGAACAAGAAGAAAAUGUCACUGAACAGCCAACUGUCGGCCAAAAAAUGCAUGUUAGCGAGGAGUCCAAUCUCGGCGAAGAAUCCAACAUUGGUGAAGAGGCUACCGUCAAGAAAUUUUCGUUUCUGCAAGAUGACGACGACCUAUUAGAUGAUGAUGACAGUUUCUUAGAAUCAGAGGACGAUGAAUUAGAACCAAAGCAAGAAAGCUACGUAUCUGAAGGCAUCUCAGAACAGCCACAAACUGAAUCUCUGCAGAUUCCAAAACAAACGACCAAGUAUGCUCCUACCACUGUCCCAACGUCACAACAUCCUCAAGCACAACGUCAAGUAUCCAAUGGCUCUCUGUAUCCUUCCCAGCAUCAGUCCAGCACUUCCGUAGGUAUUGUUAUGCCUCAGCAAUAUAAAAAAAUGAAUAAGUCAGCUGAUACGGUGAACCUUGCCUCCUUGGGUUCCGCCAAUACAUCGUUUUUGUCAGUAGCUCCUGCAUCAGCUGUCGAAACGCAACAAGAGAUACAGAAAUUGGCCGAACAAAAAAAGAAAUCAGACGCAUAUGAUUUUCCAUUGGCUUUGAUUGGGGAAACUACCAAACAGCAGGUGCAUGCGAAACCGGUUGGUGUUUCAGUGAGAAACAAAACAUCACCAAUUAUCCCAAGGAAACACUCAUCCUCUAAUUCGGCAAGUUUUUCACGGGAUGGUCUUCCACAAUCUAACAUGUUUCCAAAUCUUCCUGUAAACCCAUACGCUUCAGUAGCGGUCAAAUCGCCUGUUCAGCCGGUUUACGGAAUCCCAAAUACAUUACCUGUGACUGAUGUGACCAAACCUGGCCUCAGCUUGCAAACUCAAAAUCCUACAGUGUCCUCCGUGCAAAACUUUCAAUAUCCACCACGGAGCAUAGCCACCCCGGGAAGAAGAUCCAGAGCGGCGAGUAGUGUUUCUGCAUCCCAGACUUCCAUUACUGGACCGCAAAAUCGCUAUGCACCUCAGGCUGCGCCUGUUGCACCAGCUUCCAAUCCUGCUCUCGGGCCACCUCCUGCAGGUAACAUGUACGCCUCAGUUAUGGCUCCACAUGCUGCAGUAGGUAGCCAAUCCAACUUUCCUGCUCGAAGCUCAAUUCCAUCAAUGGUUGCUGCUGAAUCAAAUCAGCAACAUAACAAUAACCUUAUUCCACCUUUGAAUACGGGAAUCGGAGCACAUCCGGCUGGUAUUAUUUCUCCGACUGCGAUGCUCUCUCCUUCCUCUCUCAUUUCAGGUGUUACUAGAGGUAAUCAUGCGAGGAAUAAUUCGAGCGUGUAUGCCCCAAAAACAAAUGUGAGUUCUUCGAAACAUGCACCUACAGUUCAUCCUCAGUAUCAGCAGCAGCUCCAACCGCACCCAGCUCAGUUGCCACCCGGUAAUAAAAUAUACCCUCCGCAACCACAAGCUUCAAUGGAAACUUACGCCCCCAACGUCCUGAAUACAGUUCCACAGAUUCCCGCUCCGGCCAUGGGAGGAGUGAUGGGAGGUCCGCCAAUGCAACCUGUAAACAUGCCUCAUAUUCCUGUGGCUCCAACCGUCGGAAUGACAUCUGGACCUCCUAUUUCCAACGUGUUACCUAUACCACCAAUGGGAACCUACAGAAAGUCAAGUGCCAAGAAUAAGGUCCAACAACCACAGGCAAUGUCGGCAAUUGACAACCAGGCCUUACUGACGCGCCAAUUCCCUAUCUUCCAUUGGAACUCCUCAAACAAAAUCGUUUGUGGUAUUCCAUCCGUCAGCGGAGCCUUUAUGGGGGGCAACAGCAGCUUGACUACGCUGAAAGUUCUCCCAUUUGAUCAUAUUGUGAAGCAAAACAGCCUGUUGAAAUCAUUCCCGGGCCCACUAUCCAACAAGACUAAGAAGAAAGAUGUUGAAAAGUGGCUAGAAACAGUCAUGGGCACUAUGCAACUGGACCCAGCUUCAACUCAGGCUCUGGUUUGGUGUUUGUUGAAAGCUAAGAUUUCUGAACAGCAUAGCUUGAAAGACAUUUCGAAGAUUCUCUAUAACUCAGACGAACUGCUCGUUUAUCUGUCUCAACCUUUAGGAGUACCACAACAAGCUGCUAAUGCCUUUAGACUUGAUUCGUCCACGUUAAUGAGAGUGCUAUCAUUGUUACAAAUCGGUGAUCAUGAUAAUGCGCUUAAAAUUGCACUAGAGCGAAAGGACUAUGCCAUGGCAUUGCUGAUUAGUGGAUUGGUAGGUUUAGAUAAGUGGUCAACAAUUGUGGAUCAAUACCUGGAACAAGAAUUUGCUGGUUCUUCUACGGAAAGUGGAUCGAAUCAAUGUGCAAACUUACUGUCGUUGGUGUUUCAAAUUUUUGUGGGAAAUUCAACCGCUGCAAUCCAUAAAUUUUACGGCACUGGACCGGAAGGAUUGUGGGCAAUAUCAAAUUGGCGUGUUAUCGUCGCUGCCGUCCUGAUAAAUGUUGUUGAAAAGCCGGACGAACUUGCGAUUCCUCCAAUGGUUGUUGAGUUUCUUCUAGAGUUUGGUAUAUUCCUUUACCAUAAGGAUCAGAAAUUAGCAGCUGCGGUUUUGUUUAUGAUAGCUGAAGUUCCAUUCUCUAACCACUCCGUUUUGAAAAACUCAGAUGUAAAAUUUAGAUACGUUGGGAAUCCAAAAUCUGUGGAAAGUGUGCUUUGGUCGGAAUUAUACCAGUAUUACAUAAUUCUGAAAAACCCAAGCUUAAAGUACACAUCAAGUCUGCUACCUCAAAAACUCUAUCACGGUUUCUGUUUGCAAGAACAAGGUCUCCCUACAGCUGCCACGAAAUAUAUUGAUUAUGUCAGCUCUAAAAUGAAGAGUUUGCCUAAGAACGACAUUGUCGCUUUGAAUUUAGUCCCACGAUUAGAUGAAUUAAGCAAUAGGAUAUCCGAAUCGAACACAGGCUGGUUGACCAAACCUAAAUUAAGCAGUGUUUGGGGCCAGCUGGAUAAAUCAUUCAAUAAGUACAUUGGUGGGGACAACGAAGGACCUAAAAAGUCACCACAAAAGAAAGUGUUUGAUAAUUUCACACCUUAUUCUUCUAACAACUCGUCCGUGGCCGACCUUUUCCAACAUUCUGAAUUCACGCCAUAUCAGUUGCAGAAGAAUCGUUCUAUGAAUGAAUUCAAAGAAGGGGACCAUGCAUAUCCAGGGCAUUCAAAGUCGACUGUUUCCACUACUGCAGCGCCUCAUGAUACAUUACACAGGGUACCUACGGCUCCUGUCAGUCAUUACCAUCCAGCCAUUACGCAUGCUAAUUCUAACGUGGGAGGUAGCUCUGCUAAUUUGUUGCUAAGGAAUGAUGAAGCUAAUGUCCCGCCAUCAUCUUUGGAUUACGGAACAGGUAAGCAUCAAGCCACUACAUCUGUUGACAGCUUUGAUUCCAGUAUGAAGGCACCUCCUGUGAUGGCGAGGUUAUCACCCCGCAAAUCACUAGGUGAAGGACUCGUCCUUCCUAUAAAGAAGAAACCAAUUAGGAAGUUAGCUACUCCUGCAACCUCGUACCCUCCUGUUGUUCAUCAAUCAUCGUUUGUAGCCACAUCAGGCUCUGUACCAGCGGGUGCGGAACCUCAUUCUAUUCAGACAGAGUCUUCUCCAUCGCGCAAUGCCGUCCCAAUUAGGAAAAUCCCAACGGCUGAUGCACAUGCUCCUAACAAGCUAGAUGUAGUUCAUUCGUUAAUUGAAAAUACAGCUCCUACUUUGAGUGCCCCAUUAUCUGAUGUCAACCCAGUAGUUCCAAGUAAUGCAGCACAGCGCAGUGAAGCCGAUGAACAACAUGUUACCGGUGGUCAACCUGACUCUACCGCGCCGAAAAUUGCAGAAAAAGAACUUUCAGCUACAGGACCUGGCCCAAUAUCUGAUGCUGAAACUGUUCCAUCAAGAACCAGUGAGGAAGAAACUUUGGGUGAAGCAUUAUUACCAAAGGUGGGUGAGACCGAGGAGGAGGCUGCUAUAAUCGGGUUGUCAGAUGAUCGGACUUCAGAAGUGAUUAACCAAUCUGCUACAAAUAACCAGGAGGAACUUGCGUCGGAAGAAUUAGUUCCAAAUAUACCCAGUGAAGUAGUAGGCACCACAUUGCCUCAAGAUGUUCCAUUAUCUACUUUGGAAGCCAACAGGGACACGGAGCAUGUAAUAGAAACAGUCUCCACAUCUUCAGAAAACCAUAAUAAUGAGCAAAAUUUACCACUUUCUAAAGAAGAACUGGCUGUCACAACCGAAACCAAAUCUGACCUUGUACCUGAGCAGCAUUCAAACUCCGAAGAUCAACAAACAGAAUCACAUGCAGGAGAUAGCGGUCACAAACCCAAGCCCUCGAUUCCUUCACCUGCUGCCCAAGAAGGGAAUCCCAAUGUAUCCGGUGGUCAAGCUGCAAGUUCAGGUGACAAUGAUGAUGCGAUUGGUUUAGGUAUAUUUAGUCAAGACACUGCAGGCAAUCGUCCCCCCCAACCUGCUGCACCUCCUAAGAAAAAAAUUGGAAAUUUUAAUCCGUACUCACCAACCAUUCCAUCAACCAAAAAAGCUGCAAAGAGGACGGUGUACGUUCCGGUGGGUUUCAAUCAGUCGACCCCUGCAUUAGCACAUUCUCCUCCUCCAUUAGUCGAUGAUGUUGGUAUUUACAAUUAUGGAGGUUAUAAAUCGCUAACGAAUAACAUAGGUAAUUCGACGGAACAAGAGAACCAAACUAGUUCGUCCAGUGAGGGGAUGAGCGAAACUCAGCAGGGAAGUAAUGUUAGUAUACCAGAGAUAUCAACUGGUUCGGGGCUUGCCUCUCCCCGCAUGUACGCACAUUCGACCAACAAUAAGUUUGCUCCUAUUCAGCCUCCAAAAGCCAUUCCAAGUUCGCCUUUUGAACCCGUAAUAAAGCCAUCCACUUCUAGUUUCAACAUAUCCACCGUCAAGAUUGCCGAUGAGGUCGACACUGUAUAUAAUGACGUUGUUGAAGAUGAGUCCGACGACGACGAAGAAUCCGUGGCGGUGAAGAAGAAAGAAGAUGAAAGAAAAAAGAAAGAGGAGGAGGAAGAAGAGGAUAGAAAGGAUAGAAAAUCCGACAAAAACAAUAAGGAAAGUGCUGGCUGGUUCAAGUGGCUAAAGAAGGAUACUGAUGAAAAGAAGGCUGUGAAGGCCAAACUGGGAAAUCAAAAUAGUUUCUACUACGACGAAGAACUGAAGCGUUGGGUCAGUAAGUACGCGACAGAGGAGGAGAAGCAAAAAAUGGCACAAGCUGCGGCACCUCCACCUCCUCCGGUGAUCAAGCGCAAAGAUAAUGCCAUAAAAACAAAGCCACGUAAGUCGUUCAGUACUACUCAGCCUCCUAUUGCAGCCCCAGUGGUGAAUGCUGUGCUACCGAAGAAUCCACUGACUGGGGAGCCAAUGGGUCCCCCAGCUCUCCAACCUUCUUCCGCAAGCCCCAUCAUGGCGCCCGUCGCUGAUUCAGGGCCAAGUUUGACCUCUCCUCAGACAAGUUUGAGCGGGAAAAAGGCAAAUGGCCUCGAUGAUAUCUUGAAUAUAUCCAAUGCGACAGUGAGCAGAAGGAAAAAGAAGGGCGGCAGAGGUUACGUUAAUGUCAUGGACAAUAUCCAAUAG